GAUAGGCCUACUUUAUACCAUCCUAGCACACAAUUUUGCCGCUGCGCUCGGGCUGGCAAAUAUCAUGACCGAACUUGGUCCUCGGCUCUCUCCAGGUGCACGAAUCAUUCUCCAGAAUAGUCCAGACUUUGCAAAUGCCACCAGGCGAUGGUCUCCUUUUGCUGAGCCUCGUUUCACCGUUGUUGUCGACGUUGCUGUGGAGCAGGACGUUGCGGAAACAGUUGAAUACGCCAAUGAAGUGGAAGUUCCCUUUCUAGCUGUGUCUGGCGCUCACGGCACAGUUACCAGUUUGGCAAAGUUCCAUUAUGGUAUCGAAAUAUGGCUGCAUAGACUUAACUGGACUACCAUUUCGGAAGACGGUGAUACGGCUACCUUUGGUGGCGGGAUCCUCGGCGGCCACCUCGUUGAUGCGUUGUGGAGAAGCAAGAAAUAUACCGCGACUGGUGUGUGUGAAUGUAUCGGUUACCUUGGCCCGCUCCUUGGCGGAGGUCACGGUGUGUUGCAGGGAAAGUACGGCCUUGCCUCUGACCAAAUCGUUUCACUACGCUUGGUUACUGCGGACGGACAGCUUCUCGAUGUUUCAGAGUCUGAGCCAGAUCCUGAACUGUUUUGGGCCUUGCAGGGCGCCGGUCAUAAUUUCGGGAUUGUCACUUCGGUCACUGCAAAGAUCUACGAUGUUCCAGAUCAGGGUCUUUGGGCUCGUGAGGCAUACUUCUAUGGUCGUAAUAGCAUCGAGAAUGCAUUUGAGACAUGGAACCAGAUCCUUCCGCGCCAACCUCCUACUGUGACCAUUCUCAGCGUUCUUGAACGAAACAUUAGCAUGAUUCCUACAGAUCCAGUUCUUCAAAUCUCUGUCUUACAAGAGAAUGUCUCUCGUGUCGACCCUGCUUAUACCGAAGCCUUCCGUGCUCUGAAUCCCAUUGCUAUCAUAUCCCAAGUCGGAACCUACCGCGAUAUACCAGGAUGGGAACUUAUGGCUUUCAACUCUAUCCAGUGCGCUGCAAGAAACGUUUCUGCGCCUCAUUUCCCAGUCGGGCUCCUGAGAUGGAAUACUACGGCGCUGCGCAAGGUAUACGAGGCUUUCUCAGCGGUGACUGCGGAAAAUUCGCCGUUCAAUGCUUCUGAAGUAAUUUUCGAGGCAUAUCCAGUACAGGCCAAGAUGGCCGUCCCAGAAGAAUCUACAGCCUAUCCUUUCAGGGAAGACAUUUUGUACGCAUAUCCAAUAAUUAGGUACAAUGCAAACGCGAGCCUGGACCAUACCGCCAUCGAGGUCGGUGAUGCACUUCGGCGAAUUCUCUUGGAAGGCAGCGGCCGGGAAGAACUCCACGCGUACGUCAACUUUGCUGCUGGUGAUGAGGCACCCGAGCAGAUCUAUGGCUACGAGGAAUGGCGGUUAGAUAAGUUGAAGGAGCUGAAGAAGAAGUAUGAUCCUGAACGGCGGUUCAGCUACUUUGCGCCCAUUCCUAUCUAGGUGUUCUUACGAGCGGCUGUCUUCUGUUUGACGACCUAACGUGGACCCCUAUGUUGGGUAUUAUUAUGACUAGAUAUCAAUACUGUAUUCAUAGUCUACCUAGGGUUAAGUAUUGAUGGGGGAAAAAAGGGUUUUCAUGAUGGAUAUGCUCUCGUACGCAGGCGACUGGCCGUUAAGGUGAUUCAGAGUCUGGCCGUAGCUGAAUCCAAGCUUGACAUUGACCAAAUCGUCUUGACGAGUGGCUGGUGUUUGUGGCACAGGAACCCGCAAGGGAGAGCGGGAGGAUAUAUUAUCGACCCACCGGCCUCUUUGUUGUCGUAGUGGCAUCGUCGCACAGCAUUUUGAGGUUAAUUUGACCCUAGCAAGGAGGGAAGACCUGGGCUGGUCUCUGCAC